CUUUUUAACUCUGUUUUGUUACUAGCUGGUUCAGCCAUUCACCGUUCGCAAAAUUCUGCGAAAGAAGAAUAGCGCUGCUCGAAUAUUCAGUUUCUUGAUUUCAAAUUUAUUCACUCUGAGCUUUCAAUUCGUCCACCCUAUGCCCAUCAAAUGGAUUUUGCACUGGCAUCCGAAUCCGGGAACGACGGUGAACACCCAAAUCCUCUCAGAAGUAUCUCAGUGCGCUGAGAGCAUCAAUGGCGUUAAAGAAGGCCGCUGGAAAACCACUCUCAGUUUCUACAAAGCCAUGGCCAGAGAACAAUCUAUUGUGAAUGAAUUUCCUCGUGAUUUUGUGGGGAUCUCACUUGCGGAGCAGCCCGGCAAAUAUUUCUUAGUAAUUAGAGGUCAGCGUCUUGUUGUGGAGGCGGAGUCGAGUAUUCAGAUGAUAAUGGAGAAACUGCAGUCGUAUAAAACACGAGUUGCACUUAAUUUCGAGGGAAACCAGUAUCAACUUGGCGACUUUCAGUUGCGAGUGGGGAAGGUGGUCCCGAUGAACUCGGAGAAUUUGAGGGGCAUAGUUAUGGAGAUGGAGUAUGUACCGAUUUCAUCGUGGGAGAAAUCACGCGAAGUCAUGGCUGAUUUCUUUGAACUUUGGCAGGAAGCUCUUUCAAAAAGAUCGUUACCGGGUCAUUUUGUACACAACGAACCAAACUUUGCAGAUUAUGGCCUCUCUGAUCAAUACGGGAUGCAGCAUACAGCAAUUCAGUAUGCCAAUAUCACUGCUCAAAUUGUAGCAACUUCUCAGUUACAGCCCCCCAGAAACUAAGAUUUCCAAAACAUUCACCAUUUUCCUUGUUAACUAUCUGAAGCUCCUCAACCCUGACUCAUUUUCAUGAAGCUAGUCUUCACUGAGAAGAGGAACUCAGUUUUUAAUCUUGGUAGAAUAUUGUUACCACUGAAUAGGAGUCCCGUUUUACAUUUUGGUCCGUUCGCGAAUAGGAGUCCUGAUUCAAUUUUUACUAUAAA